GGCGGCGCGUCAGCUGCAAAAAACUAUACACAAUCCUAUAGGAGACCUGGUACCAAUACUACCUGUAGUGGUCGUAAAGUUGUAACGUGUAGUAGUGCGUGAAACGUCGCGCUAAAUAUACGCCCCGCUUGACAGUCGCGUCGCGCUCUCCCGUUCUCUCUCUCUCUCUCUCUCUCUCUCCUUGCCCGGAGUGAUGACAACCCUGAUACUCGGCGUCGGCGUGGGAUUAUUCGUCAUCCUCAGCCUGUGGGUGCUCGCCGCGCUGAUAUUCGUCGUGUCGUUGCGCGUCGAGAGGAAGGUCGGCGCGAUCGCGAUACUGCUCGUGAGCGCGCUCACGAUUGUCCUGCUCAGUGUUCCGCGCGCGUCCGAGAAGCCCGCUCCCGCGGACGGCAAGGUGUACGACCGACUUUUCGUCUGGCGCGUAGUACUUUUGAUCUUACUACUUGUCUCGUCCGUAAUUUCCCUCGUGGGAUACAUCAAGUACGGAUUGGUGGAAGCCGUUAGACCAGUUAGGAUAUCCAGCUGGGUUCUCUAGACGCCUACUCUUCGGUACUUUUGCUCGCCGACAAGCAUGAAGACGUUAAACACGAGACUUAAUUUGUAGAUGUAAAGCUAUUCGCAUAUAUAUAUAAUCACCGACUGUUCACCUCGUGUUAACAAGUCACACAUUAAACAGAAAGAA